AUGGGCCACCUGGAGACCUCUACCCUCCUCUUUCCCCCAGAGUCAGCAAACCUCCUCUCCGGCUCUGCCUUGAGCACGUUUCACGGGUCUCUGUCAAGCCACUCCUGCUGUAACUUUGAUCGCUCCUGCCAGGCCUCGGAGAGGCUCGCGGGCUUCCCAAGACACCUUCCCUACGACCUCACGGCUUCAACACGGGCACAUCCUCAGAGUAAACGGGGUUCAAGCCCUUCUGCCAGAAGCAGCUGCAGUCCGUCUUCCGCCUCUCUUUCCUGCACCUCUGGGCGCCUCCCUCUGGCAGUGUCCCGAGAACCAGAAACGGGCCUGGCACCUUCCGGGGCUGUCCCACUGGCUGGCAGGUGCGAGAAACGUGCCUUGGUCCAGGCACCUGCUCGCUGGCUUGGCCGCCCCGGGAUGGUCCGGUCAGAGCGGUGCCGAGUUCCAGAACCAGGCGCCGCCAGCGAAAGGCAGAGGAGCAGAGCCUGCCAGCGGCUGGAGGGGGACUCGGGGAGGUCUGUUCUCCCUCCAUCCCGGGAACUCACACCCAGGCACGCGGGCAGGGUUCAGGGAGCAGCCACCGCGGAGGACACGGGACGCCCAGCUGUCAGUGUUGCCGGAUCUUCCGGGAGGGAAGGACCAGCGCAGAAGAUCACACGUACACUCAACGAGGGCCCCGUGCCCUGUGGCACCUUCAGGGUGACCAGGGCACCCCCGCCGCAGCCCCUCAGCCCUGCUGACCACUAGAGCCCCUUGCUUGUCCUGUGCCGUCAGCUGAGCACAGAGAAGGGAAGGGACAGCCCCGUCCUCGGGACCUGGUGGGCAAAGGAGGAGAAGACACCUGGCCGUCCGGGCUCUGCCCAGAGCUGACCGUGGGAGCCGAGCAGCCAUGUCCCCGUUCUGGGAGCUGCCCACUGGGGGCUGGGAAUGCACGGUGCAGGGGCUGGGCAGGGAGCUCAGCGCAGAGGGGCAGGUGGGCGGCAACCCCGGAGGGCCAGGCCACCAGGCAGAAGGCACACCCAGGCCUCGGGCCUCGGCCGCGCCCACACCAACCAGGGCUCGGGGGAAGAGCCCCUCCCAGGCUGUCCCCGCCCCCGCCCCCCCCCACCCCCCGGCUCAGGGCUGGGUGAGAGGAGCUCUUGAUGGGGCCCCUCCCUGCCCGCUCCCAAGCAGUCCCUCCCCAGGGGACCAAGGAGGCCUGAGAGGGAGACCCCUGAAGCUGGCCUGGGGACACCACAGGGGCAGGGAGGCAAGAGGCCCGGACAGCAAAACGCUCUCUCCCUGGAUCAGGGCUACUCCCUGCCCAGAGGAAGAGGGAGGUGGCCAGGUCUAGAAUGCAGAGCCCCUCCUGCCCCAGGCACAGCCCCCAGCCUGCCAGGGUCCCGACUCAGCAGCUGCGCCGUGGCCGCGGUGAGGAGGGGGCAGGGGACGGGACUCUGCCCUCCACAGCCCGGCCAGCAGCAUUCCAUUCUAUCCUGAGUGAGUGACACAGCAGAGCCCCAAGUUGGCAGUGCCAACUGCCUCCCAGCCCUGCUGAGUACACUGGCCGGGCCAGCCCCUCCACGCGGGCCAGGACCGGGUGAGAUCACUGGUGUAAGGUCAGGGCCCCAGCGCCUGGCCUCCCACCUACAAGGAAGAAACCCAGGCACUGAUGGCGCAGCGGUUAAGAAUCCGCCUGCCAAUGCAGGGGACACGGGUUCGAGCCCUGGUCCGGGAAGAUCCCACACGUCGCGGAGCAACUAAGCCCGUGUGCCGCAACUACUGAGCCUGCUCUCUAGAGCCUGUGAGCCACAACU